AUGGAUCCAUGUUACAACCAUACGAGCUCUCAACAAAGGAUGGGAUUCUUCCCACAGCUGCUGGUCGGGUUCUGCCUCACCAUCCUCAUCGUGAUGACUCUCUGCGGUAACAUCAUCGUCUGCCUGGCCGUCACUCUCGACCGCCGGCUCCGCAGCCUGACAAACUGCAUCAUCGUCUCCUUGGCCAUCACCGACCUGCUGCUGGGCCUCCUGGUACUGCCAUUCUCUGCCUUCUAUGAACUUGCCAAAGAGUGGCCCUUUGGCAGCACUUUGUGCAACAUCUACACCAGCCUGGACGUCAUGCUGUGCACAGCUUCCAUCCUCAACCUCUUCAUGAUCAGCCUGGAUCGCUACUUUGCCGUCACCACCCCACUCCGCUACAGCCAGCUGGUCACUCCCUCCCGGGUGGGCAUGGGUUUGAUUGUUAUUUGGACCGUUUCACUGAUGGUCUCCUUCCUACCCAUCCACCUGGGCUGGAACACCAACGGAACAGCAGUCCAAAACACAGCUCCCAACUGCAGCAAGGAGUGCACGCUGGAGGUGAACCCCACGUACGGGCUAGUGGAUGCCUUGCUCACCUUCUACAUCCCUUUGGUCAUCAUGUGCAUCACCUACUACCAGAUAUUUAAGAUAGCGAGGGAGCAAGCCAAGAGGAUCAACCACACGUGGUGCUGCAGCAGCAACACCCCCAUGCCACCCAUGGUGAAAGAGCAUAAAGCCACGGUGACGCUGGCAGUGGUGCUGGGAGCUUUCAUCGUGUGCUGGUUCCCCUAUUUCACAGUGUUCACGUACCGGGGGAUGUGGGGGGACAGCAAGGUGAAAGGCACGCUUAUGUCCAUCGUCCUCUGGCUGGGCUACACCAACUCAGCCCUGAACCCCAUCCUCUAUGGGACACUCAACAGGGAUUUUCGGAUGGCAUACAAGCACUUGCUGCACUGCUGGAGGACUGGGGGCCCCAGGAUCUCUGGCCUGCCUCACCUCCAGAAGGCCCAGCCCAGGGGCAGGAGCUGCAGGCAGGGCCAGGGCAGGCAGGAGGGUAAACCCCUGAAAUUGGAGAUGAGGAAUGGCAAGGAGAUCCCGCUGACUGAUGGAGCCCUCAAGAGGUAA